CUCAACCUCCAACCACCACUCCUACCCCCUUCUCCUUCCCUUACUCGCCGCGUAGCCUCUUCAUAUAUACCUUCCUAGACUACGAUGGCUUAUGUCUUCAAACGAGAUGGGUUAGUACUCUUUUAAUGUGCUCCAUAUAGUACUAUAUGAAUUCGCCUGAUUACCUGUGCUAUGUUUAGUCGCAAAGAACGCGUCCAGUUUGACAAGAUCACUGCGAGAAUUGCCAAGCUAUGUUAUGGUCUAGACACCAACCACGUUGACCCCAUCGCUAUUGCACAGAAAGUUAUUGCUGGUGUAUAUAAUGGUGUCACCACUGUGGAACUGGAUAACCUUGCUGCCGAAACUGCUGCGUACCUCACCACCAGACAUCCCGACUAUGCUAUUCUUGCAGCGCGUAUUGCUGUCUCGAAUCUUCACAAAGAAACCAAGAAGACCUUCUCACAUGUCAUCAAAGAUCUGUAUAAUUAUGUCAACCCCAAGAAUGAUCGACCGGCUGGUAUGAUAUCGAAAGAGACCUACGACAUCGUGAUGGCCAAUGCAGAAGUGUUGGAUUCUGCUAUCAUAUAUGACCGUGACUUCAGUUAUAAUUUCUUUGGUUUCAAGACCCUUGAGCGGUCAUAUCUCCUAAAGAUUAAUGGUCGAACUGCCGAGCGGCCUCAACACAUGCUGAUGCGUGUCGCUGUCGGCAUCCACGGCUCUGACAUUGAGCGAGUCCUACAAACCUAUAACCUCAUGUCCGAACGAUUCUUCACCCAUGCAUCACCUACACUUUUCAAUGCUGGUACCCCACACCCGCAACUCAGUUCAUGCUUCCUCGUUUGCAUGAAGGAUGAUUCCAUUGAGGGUAUCUAUGAUACUCUCAAGAACUGUGCCAUGAUCAGUAAGACCGCUGGAGGUAUCGGUCUCAGUAUCCACAAUAUCCGUGCUACUGGCUCUUACAUUGCUGGAACGAAUGGCUACUCAAAUGGCAUCGUACCCAUGCUGCGGGCAUAUGAUGCUACGGCUCGCUACGUCGACCAAGGAGGCAACAAACGCCCUGGUGCAUUCGCUAUCUACCUUGAGCCUUGGCACGCGGACGUUUUCGAGUUCAUCGACUUGCGCAAGAAUCAUGGCAAAGAGGAAGUCCGUGCUCGCGAUCUCUUCUACGCCUUGUGGAUUCCGGAUCUUUUCAUGAAGCGGGUCGAGUCAAAUGGUCAAUGGUCCUUGUUCUGUCCUAACGAAGCUCCAGGUCUUCACGAGGUCUGGGGUGACGAGUUCGAACAACUCUACGAGAAAUACGAACGUGAGGGCCGUGCGCGUAAGACGAUUGAGGCUCAGAAGCUCUGGUAUGCCAUCCUUGAGGCUCAGAUCGAAACCGGCGGACCCUUCAUGCUCUACAAGGAUGCCGCUAAUGCCAAGUCCAACCAGCAGAAUCUCGGGACGAUCAAAUCUUCUAAUCUUUGUACCGAGAUUAUCGAAUACUCGUCUCCUGAUGAGACUGCUGUCUGCAAUCUUGCUUCCAUCGCUCUCCCCACUUUCAUUGAAUCGACUGAGUCCGGCAAGGUCUACAAUUUCAAGAAGCUUCACGACGUUGCCAAGGUUGUCGCAUUCAACUUGAACCGCAUCAUCGACGUGAACUAUUACCCUAUUCCUGAAGCUCGUCGAUCUAACAUGCGUCAUCGUCCCAUUGGUGUUGGCGUGCAAGGUCUCGCCGAUGCGUUCAUGUGUCUUCAGAUGGCCUUUGAUUCUCCAGAAGCACGACUACUCAACAAGCAGGUCUUCGAGACCAUCUAUCAUGCCGCGUUGGAGGCGAGCAGUGACAUAGCUGAGGUUGACGGUCCCUACGAGACUUACGAGGGUAGCCCCGCUUCUAAGGGCUUACUCCAGUAUGACCUCUGGGGUGCUACGCCUACGGAUCUCUGGGACUGGGCUACCCUAAAGGAGAAGAUCACCAGGACCGGCCUUAGGAACGCGCUCUUGCUUGCGCCCAUGCCUACCGCCUCGACAAGUCAGAUUUUGGGCUUCAAUGAGUGUUUCGAGCCUUACACCAGCAACAUUUACACUCGUCGUGUCCUUGCUGGCGAAUUCCAAGUCGUCUGCCCAUGGCUCCUACGUGACCUUGUUGACCGGGGUCUUUGGGAUGACGAAAUGAAGAACCGAAUUAUUGCCCACAAUGGUUCGGUCCAAAACAUUCCUAGCAUUCCCGACGACCUUAAGGCCAUCUACAAGACCGUCUGGGAGAUUUCACAGAAGAAAGUCCUUGAUCUGGCUGCUGACCGUGGCGCAUUUAUUUGCCAGAGUCAGAGCUUGAACGUUCACUUGCAAUCACCAACAAUCGGACAACUCACGUCUAUGCACUUUUAUGGCUGGAAGAAGGGCUUGAAGACUGGCAUGUACUAUCUGAGGACAAGGCCGGCCGCGCAGGCGAUCCAGUUCACUGUUGACCAAGAGAUGCUAAAGAAGGGCCAGGAGGUCAAGAAAGACUCUGCUCCGAUUGUCACCGCUCCUAGGGCGACUUUCAAAGCGCCUGUGGCCAUUCCAACCAUUCCCUCUAUACCAUCUCCGCCAUCUUUACCUCCCACUUCAGUGCAAGUCUUCAGUGUCAUGACCACGUCCUUCUCGUCACCGACCUCGGCAUCUACUUCAAGUGGACUUGCGACACCGCCGCCUUCGGCCGACGACUUGGCUCACGAUGAAAAGACCAAGAGAGCUGCGGAAGAAGACCCAGAGUUCGCUGCUGCUCUCAAGCGACAACGCGAAAGGGAACUCGAGCAAGCUAAGGUGAUGUGUUCGAUUGAGAACAAGGAAGCUUGCUUGAUGUGCUCUGGUUAAGGGUUGCAUGUCUUGGUUGUUCCUUUCGUUCUGCUCUCGUCUUCGUCAUUAUCGCUACCUGUAUCUUUGGACUCUCGUCAUCACCUCUCCCUACAUCUCCCACCUCUACUCGAAUCAUUGUCUUUACUAGAGUACUCCGCUAUCACCUCUGGUCGUUCCAUCUAACUCUGUUACACUUUCCAUAUGUACAAACAUGUACACUAGUACUGUAUACAAAUCGAUAUCGAUAUACAAUUCCUUCUGCAACAG